AUGGCUACUGGUAUUUAUACACCAUCUUCGCAUAAUACAACGCUACCUUCGCCUUGUGAAUCAAGUAUUACAUUAAAUCCAUCUUCAGAUAUACUGCAACAAUUUGAUUCCAAAUACUUGUCAACUUAUCUACAAACUAGAUUAGCUAUUAUUAAACAAGAGACUGAAUGUGCUAGACCAAGAAACAGCAACUGUCUAUUGCAAACUACAGAAGAAGAGGAAGUCGAAGAAGAAGGAACAGAAGAAACAGAAGGAGAAGUACUUGAGAUUCAUGAUGCUGGUUCAUCAUCAAUCUCAAGAGCGUCAUCCAGUUUGCAACAGACUGAGAUCACCAUCAUUUACAACCAUCAAGAAAUCACUAUAAAGCUAACAUCAAUACUAAGCUUAAUCAAUAGUUAUGCUACCAACAAAAUCACCAUUGACCAACUCACGAUCAAUCAUUUAUUCUUGUACAUGUUUUAUCAUCAAUUAGUUCUAUUCCCUACUCGUCAACAACAAAUCUUUAUUGGUCAAUUCACCAUAAUCCACUUGGGAAAAUCAUAUAUCUUUGAAUACGCAAACAACAACAUAAACAAUAGUACACACAACAACACAGUUAGUUCUCAAAGAGUACUUAAUGCAGACCACUUAAUAUCUGAGUUAAAAAUCCAUCAAUAUCCCAAAUUAUUUCUUCACAUUAGAGAAAAUAGUAUGUCAAUAGGCAAUCAAAAAUUAUCCCUUGUUGAAAUUGGUAAUUUUAUAUCAAGAAUUGUUAAUUUUGUUGAUAAAUCAAGUGGUCAAGUAACUUAUGUUGAAACUAUCAAAAUGAAACUAAAAAGAAGUAAAUCAUCUCAAUCAAAUACCACAAUCAAGAAUAAUACAAUUAGAACUGAUGAUAAAGUUCUGAAGAGAACUAAAAUUAAGCAAGAAUUGGUAAGAGCUUUACACAGAUUGUAUACUUAA